AUGGCUAGAAGAUAUGAUAGUAGAACAACUACUUUUUCUCCAGAGGGAAGACUAUAUCAAGUAGAAUAUGCAUUAGAAGCUAUUAAUAAUGCAAGUAUAACAAUUGGAAUAAUAACAAAAGAGGGAGUAAUAUUAGGAGCAGAUAAAGUUUUUAUAUCUAAAUUAAUAGAUAAAGCUAAUAAUUUUGAAAAAAUAUAUAAAAUUGAUAAUCAUAUAUUUUGUGGAGUUGCUGGUUUAAAUGCGGAUGCAAAUAUUUUAAUAAGACAAUCAAGAAUGUAUACACAAAGAUAUUUAUAUAAUUAUAAUGAUAUUGAGCCUGUAUCUCAGUUAGUUGUUCAAAUUUGUGAUAUCAAACAAAGCUAUACGCAAUAUGGUGGUUUAAGACCGUAUGGAGUUAGUUUUUUAAUUGCUGGUUAUGAUAUGAAAGAUGGUUAUCAACUUUAUCACACUGAUCCUAGUGGAAAUUAUUCUGGAUGGUUUGCAACAGCAAUAGGAACUAAUAAUUUAACUGCUAGCUCUAUUCUUAAACAAGAAUGGAAAAAGGAGAUGACUUUAGAAGAAGGCUUAUUAUUAGCAUUAAAAACAUUAGCUAAAAGUACAGAUAAUGAAAUACCUAAAAGUGAAAAAAUAGAAUUAGCUUAUUUAUCAUACAAGGACGGAGAAUUCUUUCAAAAAUAUUUAACGGAAAAAGAAAUAGAAGAGUUAAUUAAGUUAUACACACAAAAAUACGUUAAAGAAUAA